UUUUUUUAUAAUUCUUUUUGGUGGAAUUCGAGUUGGUUGUCCACGCGUUAUUUUGGAUUUUUGUCAACAAAAGAGGUUUAUAUCUUGAAAAUAGCAAGGACGACUACUCUUCAAUAUAAAAGGUUAUCAAUAACGUUAGCAGCAUGAGUACUAUACUUGAAAAAAUUGCGGCUAUCGAAUCCGAGAUGGCCCGCACCCAGAAAAACAAAGCAACAUCUGCUCAUUUGGGUCUCUUAAAAGCCAAGUUAGCUAAGCUCCGACGCGAGUUGAUUUCGCCAAAAGGAGGUGGCGGCGGAGCUGGUGGUGAAGGUUUUGAGGUUGCAAAAACGGGUGAUGCUCGUGUUGGUUUCGUAGGCUUUCCUUCCGUUGGAAAAUCCACACUGCUUUCCAAUUUGGCAGGCGUUUACAGCGAAGUUGCAGCUUAUGAAUUCACAACUUUAACAACUGUUCCCGGUUGUAUUAAAUACAAGGGGGCGAAAAUUCAGCUUUUGGAUCUACCCGGUAUUAUAGAGGGUGCUAAAGACGGCAAAGGUCGAGGUCGCCAAGUAAUUGCUGUAGCACGAACGUGUAACUUAAUUUUUAUGGUGCUUGACUGUCUGAAGCCCUUAGGACACAAAAAAUUGCUUGAACAUGAAUUGGAAGGGUUCGGAAUUCGCCUUAAUAAAAAACCUCCAAAUAUUUAUUUCAAACGUAAAGAUAAGGGUGGUGUUAAUCUCAAUAGCAUGGUACCACAAUCUGAAUUGGACGCCGAUUUGGUUAAAACCAUUUUAUCUGAAUAUAAAAUUCAUAAUGCAGAUAUAACACUGAGAUAUGAUGCUACCAGCGAUGAUCUGAUUGACGUGAUCGAAGGAAAUCGAAUCUACAUCCCUUGUAUUUAUUUGUUAAAUAAAAUUGAUCAAAUCUCCAUCGAAGAAUUAGAUGUAAUUUAUAAGAUUCCGCAUUGUGUACCAAUUUCCGCCCACCAUCAUUGGAAUUUCGACGAUUUGCUGGAGAUGAUGUGGGAAUAUUUGAAACUGGUUCGAAUUUACACCAAACCUAAAGGUCAACUUCCGGAUUACACUUCGCCUAUUGUACUGCACAAUGAGCGCACAAGUAUCCAAGAUUUCUGUAACAAACUACAUCGCUCAAUUGCUAAAGAAUUUAAAUAUGCAUUGGUAUGGGGUUCUUCUGUCAAGCAUCAGCCUCAGAAAGUGGGUAUUGAUCAUAUUCUUAACGAUGAAGAUGUUGUGCAAAUUGUGAAGAAAGUUUGAAACCACAAAGACUUAUUGUGAUUUGCGUUAUCAUCAGAAUUCUGUCGAACUUUUGCUAUUAAAUAAAGUUGAUAAUUUCUGCUUAAUACAAAUAUGUGAAAAAAAAUCUAGAAUGCAAAUUAUUUUUCAAUAUUUUAUAUUCAAUUCAGUUUUUUGAUUUCGUAUGUUUGCAUGCAUAUUUAUGUAAAUGUCUGUAUGUGUUUUUCAGAGGCAUGUAUUAUUGAUAUACAUAAAUACUUAAAUACUAC